AUGGCGACGGAAUCGUUGAAAGGCGCGUCGUUCCGCAAGAAGCUUGUGACGCGAUUCAAGCCCAAGGAAUCAGACGCGAUUCCUCUGGCUCGAGCGUUGCGAGCGUGCCACGGCCAAGACAUCAAGAAGAAGAGCGGCCAUCGCAAGGGCAAGUUCUUGUUUGCGUUCCCGGGCUUGGUCAGUCCUAUGCCGGAAGGCGGCACGCUGGGCACACUGGACAAGCUCGACACGGACAAACCUGUGCUGUACAUUGAUUUUCCCCAAGGGAGGCUCAAGAUGCAAGGCACCCUCGUCUACGCGCAGAAUCGGUUCCUAACGUUGCAAUGUGCGCGGCGUGGCAAGUCGGUCGUAUGCGACGACGUGUUUGAUGCUGUCGUGACGUUCCCGGAAGUCUCUUGGAUUGGACCGGUGGAUGCCAACCCAUCGGAAGCCCCCCUUCCCAUCCCUUCCUUCCUCCAUGCAUAUACCAACAUCCCCCCUUCGUACACGUUUGGAGCUGGCGACUACAACGCUGUCGAGGAAGCAGCGAACGAAGCCGACGAGCAGCCACCUCCACCACGGACGACCCCCGAACGCCGCUCCAAGACCGCGUGCCUGCUGGCAUACUCGUCAGCCCUCGCGACCGCCUUGGACGACCAAUCCGACCACAGCGACGGCGAGUUUUCACCUUUGGACGACUUGGACGACGGCGACGAGAUGUGGCAACAAGCGCAAACGAAACGUCGUCGCAGAAAUGACGCUCGUCGUGCCCAAUUGAAAAACCAAAAGUCCAAGCCAACCACUGGCCACCCGAGAAUCCUUCCUCCAACAACAACACUGCCACCAUCCACUUCCGCUGCGGUUGCCACCAUGACCGACGACACCUUUGCGUUUGAAUGAGUUUACCCCAAACUGCGAGCGUCGAACAUGGGGUGGCUAAAUAAGUACGCAUGGCAGCAACGAUAGUAGGGAUAUAUGUACAGUUGCUGCCGUGACUGGAUAAAUAUAUGGUGGAAUUGAAACGGUGUCG